CUUAUGAUUAAUGCAGGAAUGUCAUUCCUAGGCUUUCUGCUCUGUCUCAACAUAAUACCGAAGUUUAAGCCAAUGUUUAUUGAGGCUAAAUUGUUCGGAAUAGAUAUGAGCAAAACAUCCAAACAAAAAGUUCCAGAAGCAUUAGGAGUAGUUUGUGGCGCUGUAUUUUUAAUUAUUUUGUUUUUAUUUAUACCAAUACCAUUUUAUAAACAUUUAUCAACUGGUACUGAGAAAUUUCCCUAUCAUGAGUAUGUAGAAUAUUUAGCUGCCUUAUUAUCAAUAUGUUGUAUGGUGUUUCUGGGAUUUGCUGAUGAUGUAUUAGAUUUAAGAUGGCGUCAUAAACUACUUCUACCAACUAUAUCAUCACUGCCUUUAUUAAUGGUUUAUUUUGUUAAUUUUAAUUCUACUACUAUCAUUGUUCCUCAGCCAUUGAGAGGCUUACUUGGUUAUGAUCUCAAUUUAGGUUGUUUAUACUAUGUUUAUAUGGGUAUGUUAGCUGUGUUCUGUACCAAUGCUAUCAAUAUAUUAGCUGGCGUUAAUGGUUUAGAAGUUGGACAGUCAUGGGUCAUUGGUUGUUCUGUUUUAAUAUUUAAUUUCAUUGAACUUUCAGGGGAACAACGAGAUGCUCACAUGUUUUCUAGUUAUUUUAUUAUGCCGUUUAUUAGUGUUACUUCAGCUUUAUUAUAUUAUAAUUGGUACCCCUCUCAAGUGUUUGUUGGUGAUACAUUUUGUUAUUUUUCUGGAAUGACGUUUGCUGUGGUAGCCAUAUUAGGACAUUUCAGUAAAACUAUGUUGUUGUUUUUUAUUCCUCAAAUUUUAAAUUUUAUUUAUUCUGUACCUCAGUUGUUUAGAUUUGUACCCUGUCCUAGACAUAGAUUACCAAGAUUUAAUGCCAAAACAGAGAAAUUAGAAUUGAGUACAACAAAGUUUAAAUAUAAAGAAUUGAGUAUCAUUGGAAAGUUAUUAAUCAACAUCUAUAGACUAGUAGGGUGUAUUAAAAUUCUAGAUAAUAAUGAGGAAUUUAUGGAAUGUAAUAAUUUUACUUUGAUAAAUCUGGCUAUAAGAUAUCUGGGUCCAUUACAUGAAAGAACCCUAGUCUCAAUUCUACUGAUAUUUCAAAUAUUUUGCAGUAUUAUUGCUUUUACUAUUCGUUAUCAGCUUGCUUUAUUGUUUUAUGAAAAAUUAUCAUAAAUCAAGUCUUCAUUUGUGAUUUGUUCAUGUGAGGCCAUUGUUUUUGUUUUUAAAGAAAAAAAGGUUAUAAAUU